AUGCCCAUACCUACACGUUCGCUUUCGCUCCGAGAACCCCGUAAGCCGAAGCCCUCGAAUCUAGGAUGUACAGGCGCUACCAAGACCGUGUCAACAACUACUGCCGUAUCUUCAAAUCCCCCGACAAAUGGUCCCGACAAUGCCGCCCGGAAUAAAAGCCUCUUGCCUGUCCGUGAUGAUGGACGUCCCGCGGGAGUUUCACGGCUCCAACAGCCUCAAGAAAGUAGACUUCCAGAGCGAGGGACCAAGCCGGUGCAGAAAGCCCAGCAACAGAAUGGACGUUCGCCUGAGCCGAACGGUAUAGCUCGUCGUCAAAGCUUGAUUCGACGUAGUCCGCUGAGAACUACUACAUCAUCAUCGGCUAAGGCACCUCCCGUCGCGUCUACGACUCCAAGGAGGACUACACUCGCACAGGGACUAUCCUCUCCAUCUAAACAGGAUGCAGAACCCCAGCAGAAUGACCGCUCAACCUCACCCAAGAAAACGAACAUGCCGCCUCCUCUACGGCCCGUCAGAUCUACCUCCUUAAGGCAGCCGGCGAGCUCGAGUACCGGCGCAGGCUCUUCGGCGACGUUGAGGGGCCACGUGCGACAUCGCAGUCAAGUUACAACAUCGGUCCCGGGUCAAGGGUCCAGGAAACUUGAGUCUCCGUCACCGUCUACGACGACCCUACUGACAAGGGCUAAUUUCACCACCUAUCAGCAGCACUUCUCGCCGAAGAAGACUAUGGACAAGCCGGUAGCCGCACAUCAGUCUGGCAGCCCUGUAGGGUUAGACCCUUCAUUGAUUCCUUCGUCACGGCCGGAAAUUGCAGCAUUGCAGACAGAGCUUCUCCAACUGAGCCUUCUCCAUCAGUCUGCCCUUCAGCAGGAUGCUGAGUGGAAGACCAAGGUUGAGGGACAGCUGCGCACUAAAUACAACUCGGUCGCAGAAAGGUACCAGCGCAUGAUAGUUGAAGAGAAGGAGUAUCAACGACGGCUGAAUGGGCAGGCAUUGCAGGGUUGGCUCGGGAACUCUCGUGAGCAUAAUGGACAGCAGCGUUUUGCGGAGCAGAUCCAAAGAUUUGAAGGAUGGUUCCAACAAGCGACGGAGAUCAAGGAUUUCCGACUUCAACAGGGACGACCUUCCGAUCAUACGGUUUUUAUCGACCCUAUCGACACGGCCUGGAAGGAGGAAGUCUACGCCAUGACCAUGAAGUUGGAACUAAGUUCAAGGCGGCUAGAAAGUCUCGACAUUCUGGGCUACGGCGAGGUUGAGCGACUGAAUAAUUCCGCGCUCCUCCGGAUGGUGAAAGGAUUGGACGAGAUGAUCAAAUUAAUGGUUGCCGAACUGAGUGUCAUUCGUAAGAUUGAGGCCGACAUAAUGAGGUCGGAGAAGCAAUGGGUUAGUCAGCUUGCGCGGCAGUUGAUUGCAACGAAGCCGCCGCCACAAGAGAAGGCACCGAGACUAGGAAUGUGGAGACAGGCAUCCUUAAAAUCAUAG